AUGGGCUUUGAUGACAGAAUUUUAGAGGCAAUAUCAAAGCUUGGCUGGUCUCAGCCAACUCCCAUACAAGAGAAAGCCAUCCCUCUAGCGCUUCAGGGCAAGGACAUUCUGGCCAGGGCUCGUACAGGCUCCGGGAAGACGGCAGCAUAUGCUAUUGUUGUCAUACACAAGCUGCUGUAUUUAAAACAGACAGCCUCAGAGCAAGCCAUUCGCGCAGUUAUCCUGACCCCGUCUAAGGAACUGUGUAGCCAGACCUACAGGAGCAUACAGGGAUUAACCUCAGGCUGUUCCCGGGAUAUCAAAUGUGUGGAUAUAUCACCUCAAGUACCAUUGGCUUCUCAGAGACCCAUAUUGCUGGAGAAGCCGGACAUUGUUGUUGCCACACCAAGUCGACUGUUGGCUCACAUCCGAGCUGAGAACAUCCACUUGAAGGACUCCCUAGAAAUGCUGGUGGUGGAUGAGGCGGACCUGGUCUUCUCCUUUGGUUAUGAAGCUGAUGUCAAAGAGCUUCUCAGCAACUUCCCCAAGAUCUACCAAGCCUUUAUGAUGUCUGCAACUCUGGGUCAGGAUGUCAACACUCUCAAGAAACUUGUUCUCCACAACGCAGUCAUUCUGAAACUCGAGGAAUCACAGCUUCCAGAAACAUCACAACUCAACCAGUACCAAAUCAAGUGUGAAGAAGGAGACAAGUUUGCCCUGACUGCUGCUCUGCUCAAGUUGAACUUGAUCCGAGGAAAAACCAUCUUCUUUGUGAAUUCUGUCAACAGAUGUUAUCUCCUCAAAUUAUUCCUAGAGCAGUUUGGUGUCAGAGCUUGUAUACUGAAUUCAGAGUUGCCAGUGAACUCCAGGUGUCACAUUGUAAAUCAAUUCAACGAUGGCCUCUAUGAUUACAUCAUUGCUGCAGAUGAAGCAGUUGCCGAGGCAUCCACUCCAAAGUCCCUGUCUCAGCAGAAAUCUAAACCUAGCAGAUUCCGUAAACGUGACAAGGAAUACGGGGUCUCUCGGGGCAUUGAUUUUUACAAUGUGUCAAAUGUUGUCAAUUUUGACUUCCCCCAGAAUGCCGAUGCCUACAUCCACAGAGUUGGCAGGACAGCAAGAGCAGACAAUCCAGGGACAGCCUUGUCAUUUGUUAGCAUCAAAGAUGGCGAUAAAUUAAAGGAAGUUGAGGCAGUUCUUCUGGGUGAAGCUGGUGGUCAGGGAGACAGCGUGUUUAAACCUUACAACUUCCGCAUGGAGGAGAUUGAGGGCUUCCGGUAUCGGUCAAAGGAUGCACUGCAAGCAGUCACACGUUCAGCCAUACAGGAGGCCAGGAUGAAAGACAUCAAACAGGAGAUCUUCAACUCCAGCAAACUCAAGUCUUACUUUGAUGACAAUCCUCACGACCUUCAAGCUCUUCGCCAUGAUAAACCUCUUCAUUCUGUGAAAACUACAAAAGAGUUGAAGCAUGUACCAGAUUAUAUUGUCCCUCAAGCACUGCGCAAACAGACCAGAAACAACAAAGUUCAGAGUGCUGCACGCAGUCAGAGACCUGCAGCCGGUAAAUCCACAACUAAAGGUGGCAGAACAUUUAGGAAACGGAUGGCUGACCCACUAAAGAGUUUCCAAUUUGCUGGGCUGAGUGACACAAAAAAGAAAAAGAAACAAAACAAAUAA